AUGCCUAUGGUUCAUGACUGAUUUGUGUUUUAUGUCAAAAUUCAGUUUUUAAUUAUUUAUUAUUUAUAUGAGAGAUAUAUAAAAAAACAAAGUAGUAACGAAAACAAUUGCAAAAAUGAGUAAUUCAGGUCUUUCUGAUCAAUCCCUCAUGGAUAAAUCCAUGCGAAGUGUUUUCGUGGGAAAUAUACCCUACGAAGCAACAGAAGAAAAUUUAAAAGACAUUUUUAGUGAAGUCGGACCUGUUCUAUCUUUUAAAUUAGUCUUUGAUCGAGAAACUGGUAAACCGAAAGGCUAUGGAUUUUGUGAAUAUAAAGACCAAGAGACUGCACUCAGUGCUAUGAGAAAUUUAAAUGGCUAUGAAAUUGGUGGCAGAACUCUUCGUGUGGAUAAUGCUUGCACAGAAAAAUCUCGUAUGGAAAUGCAAAGUCUUUUGCAGGGUCAAAACACUGAAAAUCCUUAUGGAGAAGCAGUACAAUCUGAUAAAGCGCCAGAAGCAAUAAGUAAAGCAGUCGCUUCGCUUCCUCCAGAGCAAAUGUUUGAGUUAAUGAAACAAAUGAAACUCUGUGUUCAAAAUAAUCCUGUUGAGGCUCGUCAGAUGCUGUUGCUCAAUCCUCAACUAGCCUACGCUUUAUUGCAAGCUCAAGUUGUCAUGAGAAUAGUCGAUCCUCAAACUGCAGUUGGCAUGCUACAUAAAGCAAAUCCAAUUCCUGGAUCACUGACACCGACCGACAAACCACCAGUACAUCAAGCGCCUCCCAGAAUUGAAGAACCCUGGGCUCCACCUAGACCAACACCAGCACCAAAUCCACCUGCUUCUAUUUUUGCUAGUGGUCAAGACGUGGAUUUACGAACUUUAGACAGACAAAUCGAUCCUCGCAUGGCCAGAAUGGAUCAGGAUUUAAGAGGCCCUCCACCUGUUCCGGCUGUAAACCCCACACCUGUUGCACCUCCAACUGACACGAGGGCACCCGCACCGUUUAAUAUACCAGAAACCGUUCUUCCUAUGGAAGGGAUCGAAAGCUUUACAAGAGACCCAAGAGCUGAUAGAUUUGGACGUGAUCCUCGCGAUCCACGAGAUGCUCGAAUGCCAGUUGAUCCGAGAAUGACAAAACCAGUUCCUCCACCAGGACCAGUUGCUCCUCCUCGUUCAGUUGCUCCACCUACAGGACCGGCUCCCGCUAAUUCGGUUAAUUCUACAGUACCAUCCAACAAUCUUACCACGUCCACCAGCAGCAAUAGCAACAGUACAAAUAGAAUUAUGUCAGGAAUGUCGCCGGCAGGAAAUAUUCCAAGUGGAGCAUCCGAUCAAGAAAAAGCUGCGUUAAUAAUGCAAGUUCUGCAAUUAUCGGACGAGCAAAUCGCAAUGCUUCCCCCGGAACAGAGACAAAGUAUUUUAGUAUUAAAAGAACAAAUUGCUAAAAGUACACAACGAUGAACAAUUCGAAACAAGGAUGUGCGAAUAUUUCACCUUGCGAAAAAUAAAAAAAAAAUAUUGUAAUUUAGUUUACAACAAAAACAUUCUUUUUUAAUUAUUCGAAUUGAAAUAAACAUUACUAUAAACUAAAAA